AAAUUGACUCUUUUGGUUUUUGACCGAGACGGCCCCUGGUCGUGGUCAUCCCUGUCAUGGCGGCUCCCCUGGGGGUCAGACAAGGGACCAAGCACUGACUUGGAAAAUACUUCUCGACAGAGUAUUUUUGAGAUUGUGGACAAUAUCAGAGGAACUUUGAUCAACCCAACCACUCCUGAUCUAGGUAUGUCAAACUGUGCACAACUUUCUAGUCCCUCGGGGACUGGACAACCUCAGGGGUCGAAGGUCAGUGACAGGGUUGAAGCCACAGAUGCCGUGGACCAUCAGACUGAUAGACAGCCGUCUUUCUCAUGGGAACACUGUAUGGAAUUCAUGAUGGCCAGUCAAAGAGCUCAGUGUGCUUCUAUGGAGAAAAUCAUUGGAUCGGCUAUUUCUAACUUUGGGAAAGUUAUUUCUCAGCAAGGGGUUUCGGGUGGUACCGAGCAGACCCGAAGUUCACAGGUCGUGGCUUCAACUUCGGUGAGUGGAGAUGGCACCGGAGAUUCCCGAAGUGGGGCGAAUGCAACUUCCGGGGAUAACCAACAUGGCGGCGCCCAUGAUGUAUACAGUGACGACGAAGGACUUGUUGGAGACGAUUCUGAGUCGGAUUGUUUUGAUUCCCUUCAGUCAAACCUGUGCGAAACAAAAGGAAACCCCGAGGACGACAAUAUCAUAACUCUUAUGGCUGAUUUUCAUGAGUUCUUUGGAGAAGACGACGAUACUUCGGAAUCGUUGAGAGAGGACCUGGCCAAAUCAGUGAAUGAGGGUAUGACUAAGAGCCCGCACAUGGGAAAAUUGAAAGAGGUGAUGGGGAGGUACAAGAGACCUAAGAAUUGUGAGGCAUUGAGGGUCCCAAAGGCCAACGAAGAAAUAUGGCAACAGGCCAAACCGGCUACGAGGACUAAAGACUUGAGGGCCCAACAGACCCAGGGGUUAAUGGUGAAAGCCAUGAUUCCCUUAAUCCAGUUAACAGAUGCACUCAUGAGUGCCAUAGUCACAAAAUCAGAAGUGGACAUUAAAGACACACUCAUGAAAGCUACUGAUGCAAUAAGACUCCUUGCAGGGGCUCAUGGCGAUCUAAAUACCAAGAGACGAGAAGGGUUUAAAACUGAUCUCAAAGGCCCCUACAAAAAACUGUGUUUUGCUAUGCCAGGGAAGAAUUCAGGAACAUAUCUGUUCGGGGAUGAACUUGGAAAACGCAUCAAAGACAUUUCUGAUGCCAGUCAGCUUGGGUGCAAACUUGGCCAAGGCACAUCAUGGCAACCUAGUCGCCACAGGUAUAGGGGAAAUCAGAGGUUUGACCCCUACAGGCAACAGACACAACCCAUCAGGACAGGAAAGGGUUUCCCCAACAAGGUUAAGAGCUCCAGGGGCAGAGGAAACCAACAUGGUGGUUUUUUAAACCGACGUCCCAGGGAGGACAACUUCAGAAAAUAGCGGAAACACUAGACAGUGACAAUAGUGCAGAGGUGAGAGACUUAUUACACAGUCUAUCUAAUGUGCCACAGAAUUUCACUGCAGGCAAAACUAAGCAGUUUGUGCAUCAUUGGUACAGUGUGACAUCUGAUAACUGGGUUUUAUCUAGUGUGGCAGGAGUUAGUAUUGACUUCCUUGAGUUGCCAGUUCAACAUUAUGUACCCAAACCUAUCUUGUUUAAUGAACAGGAAUGGCACCAAGUAGACUGUGAGAUCAAUGAAAUGUUAGCCAAGGGUAUCAUUGUUGAGUGUUUCCAUGAACGUGGGGAAUAUAUCUCCAACAUUUUCACAAGGGUUAAGAAAGACAAUUCCUUGAGGGUUAUCCUGAACUUACAGUCACUUAAUGGUAUCGUGGAUUCACACCACUUUAAGAUGGAUACUUUCAAAUCUGCCUUAUAUCUUGUUCGACAGGAUUGCUACUUUGCAUCAAUUGACCUGAAAGAUGCUUAUUUUUCAAUACCGAUCAGGCCUAGUGAUCAAAAAUACCUGCGGUUCUACUGGAAUCAACAACUAUACCAAUUCACAUGUAUGCCUAAUGGACUAUCUUCAGCCCCUCGAACAUUUACAAAAAUCUUGAAACCUGUUUUCUCUACAAUGAGGAAGCAGGGUUUUUCCAAUAGUGCUUAUAUUGAUGAUUCAAUACUGGUUGGGGAAGAUAAAAAGCACUGUGCAGACAAUGUCAUUCAAACUGUUCGAUUACUUGACAGAUUAGGUUUCACCAUUCAUCCAGAAAAAUCAGUGCUCACACCCAGUAAAGUGAUUACCUACCUUGGUUUUGUUAUAAACAGUCAGACCAUGACUGUAAACUUAACAAAAGAGAAAGGGGAGAAAAUUGGCAACAGUUGCAAGAAUGUGUUGAAUAAGGAAAGUGUGUCAAUCCGAGAACUUGCGUCUUUAGUGGGGCAGCUCAAUGCCAGUGGAUAUGGCAUGAAACAUGCACCUAUUUUCUUUAAGAGAAUUGAGAAUUUUAAAAACAAGAGUUUGUCAAGGUGUAAUGGCAAUUAUGAAGCAAUUGUGCAGAUAGAUGAGGCAUGUAAAUCAGAUCUGCAAUGGUGGAUAGACCAAACAGGGAAAUGCCCCCAGCCUAUUUCCAUUCCACAACCUGAUGUUGUAGUACAGUCUGAUGCUUCAAAGAGAGGCUGGGGGGGAGUGUGUGGCAACGAUAAAACAGGUGGGCUGUGGUCAGCUAUGGAAAGUGAGAGACACAUUAAUUAUUUGGAAAUUUAUGCCGCCUGGCUUACACUCCAAUCUCUGUGCAAAACCUUCCGCAACACCCAUAUUAGACUUAUGCUGGACAAUACCACAGCAGUGGCUUAUACCAAUAAUAUGGGUGGAUGUAAACAGACUUGUAAUGAUAUUACGAGGCAGAUGUGGUUAUGGUGUAAGGAGAGGAACAUUUGGUUAAGUGCAGCACACAUACCUGGUGUUGAUAACUCUGAGGCUGAUUGGUUUUCUAGGAAUACAAGGGAUGAUACUGAAUGGAGGUUAGAUACUGAUGUGUUUGGGACAUUAGCUAAAGUAUUUGGUAUGCCUGAAAGAGACUUAUUUGCAUCAAGGCUAAAUAAUCAGGUGGAGAGAUAUGUAUCAUGGUCCCCAGAUCCAGGGGCAGAAGCAAUAGAUGCUUUCACAUUGUCAUGGGCAACCUGUUAUAAUUAUGUUUUCUGUCCAUUCAGUGUGAUUGGACGAGUAGCUCAGAAAAUCAAGAUGGAGGCAGCAGAAGCUCUCAUGAUAGCACCUCUA